AUGGCUGAGGACAAGAAAGAGGGCGAUCAAGUCGCCGCCCAGGAGAACGUCUCACCCAAGGACAAACCCGCCCGCUCCGCUUCCAAGAAGGAACAGGUCCGUCAUCGGGCCAGCGUGGCGUGUGCCUCGUGUCGCGACCGGCGAAUACGCUGCGUCGUGCCCUCAGGGCAAGCCGAGUGCAACCAGUGUCGACGAGCGGGCACCGAAUGCAUCAUCAAGAACGACGAUGAAAGGCGAAGGCCCAUCUCCAAAGCGUACAUGUCCAGCCUGUCCGACCGCAUCAACCUCCUCGAGGGCAUGCUGAAGGAGAGCGGCGUGAACCCCCCUCCAGCCAGCCAUCCGCCCAAGACCAAGCACGGCGACAAGGGCCAGCAAUCGGACAGCGAGCAUGGGAAACAACGGCAGUCCCCCUCGGUGGAUGUCCCCUCGCCACCCGACUCGACAAAUGAUUUGAUGGUCAGGGCGGACUUUGAAGGGACAGAUCCCAUGAUGACCGAGUCACAGUCCAACCAGGUGCUGUCCAAGGAGGAUUCACCAUUCCGCAUGCUGGACCCCAAGCAAGAGGAUAUCGUCCACAGACUCCUCUCCACGAAUGGCAAUCUUUCCUUUGAUCAACUCUCCGGCCGUUUGAGGUUCUUUGGCCCUACCGCCAACAGCCACGUCUACGCCGACAGCCCUGACCACUAUGACUCGAGAGAGCCCCCCGAGCAGGUUCGCCGCGCUGAGCGCAUCAUCCGCUCGCUCAGCGCGACCACCUACGAGUAUCUCAUGAGCCACUUUUGGGAGCACUACAACGGCAUCAUCCCCGUGAUCGAGCGAUCUGCCUUUGAGGCCGACCGCGACACGCAGAACCCACGCUUCUACAGCUCGUUCCUCCACAUCUGCAUCCUCGCCAUGGGCUACCGUGGGUGCGACACGGAGCGCGACGACAUGAAGCGCAUCACCCUCAGCAAUCGCGAGAGUACCCUCCAUAGGGAGGCCAAGUUCAUGCUGGACGUCGAGCUCGAGCGCCCCGGCGGCAUCCCCAGCGUCCAGGCGCUUCUUCUGCUCGGCGACCUGGAGUGUGGCGUCGGACGCGACAACACGGGCUGGAUGUACGCCGGCAUGGCCAACCGGCUGGCGUUCGACAUUGGCCUGCACCUGGAUUGUCGAAACAAUGGCAUGCCCGAGGCCGAGGUGCACAUUCGCCGCAUGACGAUGCGUGCCUGUGUCAUCUACGACAAGUACUGGGCCCUCUUCCUGGGCCGGCCCACAAGUAUCAAGAGCCAGGAUCUGGGCAUGGAGCUCUUGUCUGACAAGUUCUCGCAGCUCACCUCGGACACGCCCGCCACGCCCAAGACCCUCAACGGGGAGGUCUAUGAGCAGUUGAUCGAGCUGAUGGAGCUUGCCGGCCGCAUUGUCGAGUCCCGCGACUACCAGGUCGUCAAGACCCGACUGUCCAUGCCCAGUGAUGGCAACGUCUUUGUCAACGAGGCGGGCGACAACGAGUACCUGCACGUCAUCAACCUCGACCGCCAGCUGCAGAACUGGUACCGCCGCUUGCCGGAGCAUCUCGCCUGGAAGCCCGCCAACAUCAAGCGCGCACCCUGGUCCUUCUUCCUCCUCCACCAGCAGUAUCACGUGUCGAUGAUCCUGCUCCACCGUCCGUGGGCCAAGUACGACUCCAUCACAGAUGGCGCGAGCACAGGGUCGGCCCAUCCCAGCCCGCAAGGCACGGCGGCGCAUGCCAUGGACACGUCUGGGCACGACAUUCACGACCAGCUUGGCGAUCCUCUCGCGCAUGACUCCCGCACCUCGCUGUCCCGAAGCAUCUGCACACAGCAGGCCAUCCGUGUGGCGAGGAUCUUCUGGCAGCAUCGUCAGCGAUUCGACGGGCGUAAGAUUCACGUCACCGGUAUCCAGCAUGCCGGAACCGCCGUGCUGGCCCUCAUCGCUGCGUUGGCAUACCAGAAGAGCGACACGGACAGGAGGACGUACAUGGGCUACCUCGAGAUCCUCAGCGAUGCUCUGGGUGAUAUGAACGUGACCUACCAUCCGGCAGGACGCAUGGACGACCUCCUCAAGGCUGUGCUGACGCAGAUCCGGCUCAGCCUCGGGGAGCCGUCGACGCGGGUUCAUCCUGCUGGGCAUAUGUCGGGCGUCAGCGACUAUGCGGCAUCCCUCAUCCCCUCGCGCCGCGAGGCGGACGAGACGACGUACAGUCAGCCCCUGAAGAAGCGUCGGCCGGGGACCAACUCGCGUCGUGCAUCCGAGUUUGCGCGCCCACCGCCCCCUUUCUUCUCCCAGAUUCCUUCGACGCAGCCGACGCCACCGGCCUCGGCCCACAGGGUACCCACGUUUGCCAACGAGUUCCAGCAGCAGCAGCAGCAGCGCACACCGAACCAGGUGGACAACAUGCUCUUCUCCCUAGGCGCGGGCGAUGGCAGCCACAUUGAUCUUGACUUUUUGUCCGGAUCAGCCGUCGACCUGGACGGCGACAAUGACGGGAAAAUGGACUGGGGUAUGGGCAGCAUGCACUCGGACAACCCUCCACAGACGUACGAGGCGCCGAUGGGUGACUUUGGCCCCGGGCCGGCCGGACUGAGCGCGAGCUCUGUGCUGGGACAGCAGUCGUCUGCCCUGUCAAGCGAGCUCAUGUCCAACGCGACAUUUGGCGUCAAGGCGGGCGAGACGGAGUUGACGGAGCAGCUGCACGGGAUGAGCCCAGCCAGCUUGUCAGGACUGGUGCAGAGUGUGGAGAAGAGCGACGAGGUGCACCGGAAUCAGGACUUGGAUUUCUUUAGCUUUGAUUAG